GGCGACACAUCGAGCGACAUGGGCCCAACGAAAUGGGCCGACUGGGCGUGCACGCCUGCCAGUAUGCGCAAAUUUGGUGAGUGAAGCGCCUUUAUUCAUCUGCUCUCCUUUUCUGGCGUCGAAGACGAGAGCUGACACUGUGAUCUGAUCAAUCGGCUACCCCGCAGUGGCCGAAGUGACGCGACCUCGCGCCGAGUCGCAGAAGGCGAUGCGGGACAGCAUGUCCGCGGAGCAACCGCAGGAGGACAUUGGAUCCAGCCUUCGCGAGAAGGCAGCGAGCCAGGAAGACAUGGCUAAUUUGGGGGCGGGUAAGCAAGAGGCGAGCCGAAAAGCUUAUCAGGGAGGGUCACGGCUGCCCAUCGACGACGACGAUGAUGUCGACAAAGAAGAAGAUGAAGCAGCCGCAAGUCCGUGGCCCAAAUCUAUCUCGGAACACGGCGAGAGUGUUAGGAACAGUAUUGAGGAAUUUCAGGCUGAGUGGGUGCAAGGGAGCUCGCAGCAGGAUCGUGUGGCGGGGAAGACAGGCAAGGACUACGAGGGAGAUGUAGAUGAGGAGGAAAGGGAGAGACGGAAGAAGCGGGUGAGGCGUGAUGUUAACAGCGAGGGAGGAAGUGGACGAUGAUGGUAGCUGAGCUUCUCAAGCGCGCCUGGAUUUAUUGUCUUCUGUGUUCACCUCAACAUUUCACAUCUUGUCGCUCACAACGAAUUCACAUCCCCACCUC